ACCUGUUCUUUUCCAUUCACAUUUCUAUUCUCAAGCCCCAUACAGUCAGACAUUUUUAAAGAUUCAGCCAUACAAGUCAUUCCACACACACUGCCUUAGCAGCUUAAAAUUCAAGUAUAUCCUAAGAUUUUCAAAAUACCAUGUUUAUCCGAGGUGAUGCAACGCGCGGUGCUCGUGGUACGGGUACCAUUCCCCAGGUGCCCAGCUCGAUGACCCCCUAUGUGGCUGCGGUGAAACGUGGUCCCUACACGAUGACUAAUCCCGUUUAUAACAAUCCAAAUCCCAACUUGGUGGCAUUCGAUGGCCAGGUGGCUGAAACUACGCAGAAGCACACCUUUAAUAUCAAGAAGCAGACUCUAAAGAGCAACUAUCGCCAUCACCAGCGUCUAAUCCCGGUGGCCAUAGGCAAGCAGUCCCUGUCGAAGGCUCGUUCCAAUCUGGUGACAAAUCAACAACGGGAGCUGUACCGCCAGCACCGGGAGCGGAUGAGUCAAGUCAAGGGUAAGGUGAACACCUGCCUGCCCCCGCCAAAGGUCGUGAUCGAGGGGAAUGGGAUGGAACUAUCCUACAUGGAGAUGCUGACCGCUCUCUACAAGAAGAGCAACAAUACGCUGCGCACCUUCACGAAGUCACCGGAACGCCUGGCGGGUGGCAGGUGGCGCAAUGCCACCUUGGCCCGGAACAAGGAGCAGCGGCAGCUGGAGAACAACAAGAAGUUCCACAAGGGCGGCGAACUCUUCGAUACAAUGGCUGCAAAGUCGAAGAAAUCCGAAGAUUCAUUUAGCUACGAGAUCCCGAUGCACGUCCUCCAUCGCUACGAGAAUCUGAUGGAUCAAUGCGAUGUGAGUGUUUUAUGCAAGCUGCUGCGCCCACAGAUCUAUCUGGACAUUGAUGUGCCGGACUGUCGCCUGCAAGGUCGGCUUUCCAUCCAGCUCUUCACCGAGGCCUGUCCUCAGAUCGUCCUGGAGUUCAUGCGGGUCUGCACACGCAAGCGUACCCGUUCCAUUGCCUUUACCCGCGCCCUGUCACCCAUCUGGCUGGAGGGCAAGAUUGAGAUGAGCCCGGAGCGGAACAAGGGUCUAACCAGCAUCGAGCAUGACUUCGAGACGCUUAACCAUGGCGUGGAUGCUGGUAUCCUUUCGUUCCCCAGUCGCUAUGUUCGUGCCUCAGCCGGCUCUGCGGUGAACUUCACCAUUAGUUUCAAGCCACUGUCAACUCUAAAUGGUCGCAGGAUUGCCUUUGGCAAGGUGCGCAAGGGAAUGCAGUUUCUGGCCAAGAUUCAGGAUGCCGUCGGACACUUGGCCAACGGUCACGAGAAAAUUUUUCUAACAGACUGUGGCAUCCUAUGAACCUAAGUCAAAUUAAAUGUGGAGCUACAUUAUUGUAAAUAAAAUCUUUAGAAGUUCA